AAAUACAUCAACCGUCUGACAGAGAUUCAGGGAUUCAGUGAGCCUCAGAAGGAGGAAUAUUUCAGGAAGAGAAUCAGUGACGAGCAUCAAGCCAGCAGAAUCAUCUCACACAUCAGAAGAGCAAGAAGCCUCCACAUCAUGUGCCAUAUACCCGUCUUCUGCUGGAUCUCAUCCACUGUGCUUCAGAAGCUCCUGGAAAGAAGAAUCUGAGUGCAGAAAUCCCUCAAACUCUGACUGAAAUGUACAUCCACUUCCUGCUGAUUCAGAUCAACAUGAGGAACCAGAAGUAUGAAGAGAGAGAUCCAGAGAAACUGCUGCAGUCCAACAGAGAAGUGAUUGUGAAACUUGCUGAAGUGGCUUUCAAUCAGCUGAUGAAGGGCAAUGUGAUGUUCUACAAGGAGGACCUGAGAGAGAGCGGCAUAGACGUCACUGACGCCUCAGUGUAUUCUGGGAUUUGCACUGAGAUCUUUAAGGAGGAAUCUGUGAUUCAUCAGAGGAAAGUCUACAGCUUCAUUCAUCUGAGCUUUCAGGAGUUUCUCGCUGCUUUCUAUCUGUUUUAUUCACAUGUGAUCAAGAACAAGAAACUACUGGAUGAGUUCAGAUCUGUACAGAUCUGAUAAAGACUCUCUGGAUGAUCUACUAACAUCAGCAGUAGAUAAAGCCCUUGAGAGUGAGAAUGGACAGCUGGAUCUGUUCCUGCGGUUCCUGCUGGGCGUCUCACUGGAGUCCAAUCAGAGACUCUUACAGGAUCUACUGACACACACUGAGAACAGCUCAGAGAACAUCAGAGAAACCACACAAUACAUUAAAGAGAAGAUCAAAGGUGAAUAUGAAGAUGAAGAACAAGAUGAAGUUCUCUCCACUGAAAGAUCCAUCAAUCUGUUCCUCUGUCUGCUGGAAGUCAAAGAUCAGUCUCUGUCCAGAGAGAUUCAGGAGUUUCUGAAAUCAGACAAACACUCAGAGGAGAAACUCUCUCCGUCUCACUGCUCAACAAUCUCCUACAUGAUUCAGAUGUCAGAGGAGCCGCUGGAUGAGCUGAACCCCAUGAAAUACAACACAUCAGCUGAGGGGAGAAGAAGACUGAUACCAGCUGUGAUCAACUGCAGAAAAGCUCUAUUUUCUGGCUGUUAUCUCUCAGAUCAGGAUUGUGAAAUUGUGUCUUCAGCUCUACAAUCCUCAAACUCUGUCCUGAGAGAGCUGGAUCUGAGUAACAAUGAUCUACAGGACUCUGGUGUCAGCUUCAUUUCUGAUGGACUGAAGAGUCCAAACUGUCAGCUGCAGAUCCUGAGACUUGCUGGCUGUAAUCUCUCAGAUCAGCAUUGUGAAAUUGUGUCUUCAGCUCUACAAUCCUCAAACUCUGUCCUGAGAGAGCUGGAUCUGAGUAACAAUGACCUACAGGACUCUGGUGUCAACUUCAUUUCUGAUGGACUGAAGAGUCCAAACUGUCAGCUGCAGAUCCUGAGGUAUUUAAUAACUUUGAUUCGCUGUCGCAAAAUAUGUACAUUGGUGUGAUACACACACAGAACCAGUUUAGUAAUUGGCAUCGGCCGGUUUGGACAGCGGCGGGCUGGGAUCCUGGAGACGGAAGGCUGCUUCAGUGUUGCCAACUUGGCGCCUUUUCAAACCCUUUUUGCGACUUGUUUUUUCCAAGAAAGCGCAUUGUGAUGAAUACAGUGACUUGUUAACCUGAUCUAACUUCCGAGACCCCGCAUGAGAACAAGAACUGCCGCACGAACACGAGAUCUUGCUUUCCUGCCGGAUCCGGCUUACCUCUCUCUGCAUCUGCUGUUCAGUGACUGGCUGAGAGUAUCAGCGCAUUCAGUUGAGGUUGUGCAAGUGUGCGCUCUGUCAGAGAACAAAUAAAAUAGAUAUUAUUGCUUCUAACCUGAGUGAUCAUUUUACGUGUAUACAGGGUGUGAUUUGUGGGGGGGCGGGAUUUCCCCACUUUUGGCCUAUGUAUCCCUGCCUCUGCUGAAUUAUUAUUAUUAUACCAAAAAUAAAAAUAUUUUUAAAACA